AUUCUAUAUAUUUCUUGGGGCGGACAGCUCAUUACGCAUGUAACUGCGUUGCUGUAUAAAUUGUGCAGAUACAAUUGUAUCUUUUGUCUGUCGUAUUAGCAUUUGAGAACAUUUGGGAUUCUGCUUAGGCAUACAACACCGCCAGGCAUUAGCUAAGGAUGCUGGCUCCCUUUUUUUCUCCAUUUUGUUGUUUUGUUUUUUGCAUGCAUAUUAUAUCUCAUUCGAGCACUUUUGAUUUCAUUAACUGAUAGCCAUUCCCCGCCGCCCUGGCCGCAUAAAUAUUUAACAAGCCCGUCAGUCAGAAACGUUCUUUUGUUUAGCAUUUUGGCGGGGCGCUCUCACACGUGAGCCGAACGUAUUGAUCUCGUUGUGCGGGGUAUCUGUAUCUUGCAGAUACAUCUCGUAUGCGAAAUACCCGUUUGUGCGUGCUCUCCUCGCGAUCUUUUCGCUGCCUCGCGAUCGUUCUCUGCCCGGCAAUGAUGUCUCUAAUAAAACCCCGCACUUCAGUUGGCAUUCAGUUUCGCGAAAGUCGCUUGCAAGCGCACCUCGUUCCGACUCCCCCAGGUUCCAAAAAAAAAAAACUUUAAAAACUAAGUCCGAAAUCCUAAAAUCCCAAAAAUCCCGCAGUUAAAAUUCUCGCAGAAAUGGAGCAAGAACUGCCGAUAAAGCGAGCCAACAAGGCGCCCUGCAAAAACGAUCGAAAGGCCUAUCUGCAGAAGGUGAUGCUGACCAGCAAAGUGAAAAUGGGAAAAUUUUAUACGAGUCAGCGGCACAGUCAUAGUCUGUUCAUUUUCAGCAUAAUACUGAGAAAAAUUUUAUAUAGAAAACCAAAUGCUUUAAUGGGCUCAUUCAACUCGGCGCCCAAGAUCAACAAUGUGGACUCGCAGGACGAUGGACUGGAGUUGCCCACGGGUCUGAGCACUUUUGCUCUCCUCCAGCAUGUCCAGCAAUUGCGCGGCGGUGGAAUCGAGCAGCCCUCGCUGCUCACCCGCGGCUUCCUGAAACCGCUCCUGGUGCACGAGGAUGUCGCCGACGGACUGCGCUGCCUCCAGCUCAACUCCUUGUCGAGGGUUUGCAGUGCACCAGUUGAGGGCGAUGCCUCGCAGAACAUUCGAUUGCUACAGUGGAACAUUCUUUCGCAGACUCUCGGCCAGCACAACGAUGGAUUUGUGCGUUGUCCCGAGGAGGCGCUCACCUGGGAGCACCGGAAGUACCUGAUUGUCCAGGAGAUCCUGCAGAACCAGCCCGAUGUGAUCUGCCUGCAAGAAGUAGACCACUUUAAGUUCCUUCAGACGGUGUUGGGUAGCCAAAAUUACGCGGGCAUCUUCUUCCCGAAACCGGAUUCCCCUUGUCUGUAUAUCGAGCAGAACAACGGACCCGACGGCUGUGCCAUUUUCUAUAAGCGUGAUAAGCUGGAGUUGCAAGGAUAUGACACCAGGAUCCUGGAGGUGUGGCGGGUGCAGAGUAACCAGGUGGCCAUCGCCGCUCGGCUGCGAAUGCGCUCCAGCGGUCGGGAGUUCUGUGUGGCCACCACCCACUUGAAGGCCCGACACGGUGCCCUUUUAGCCAAGCUGCGGAACGAACAGGGCCGGGAUCUCAUACGGUUUGUGAAACAGUUUGCCGGUGAAACUCCUCUGCUGCUGUGCGGUGAUUUUAACGCUGAGCCCGUAGAGCCCAUCUACGCCACGAUCCUGGGCUGCGAUCUUCUUCGUCUGGGCAGUGCCUAUGCUGAUGUGAAGCUGGACCGCGAGGAGAUCCUGCAGCCCAGCGAGGAUGUGGCUGAGUUCGUGUCGGAUUCGAUGAAACGAGAGCCACCCUACACCACCUGGAAGAUCCGCGAGGAGGGCGAGGAGUGCCACACCAUCGACUACGUCUUCUACACUCCCGAUCGUCUCAAGAUCAAAAACUGUCUAGACUUUCCGGCCGGCGAACAGAUCGGCAAGAACCGCACGCCCAGCUACCAAUAUCCAUCGGAUCACUUUUCCCUGGUGUGCGACUUCGAGCUGCUACCUUCAAUGGAAAACGGAAAGGAAAGCGAUGGGGAAAAUGAAACGGAAGCGGAGGGCAGCAAACAUGGAUCCAUUCAGUAGAAGACUCCGGAUUCAGAAUUUACCAGAGGAGAAGUUUCAAUUACAUUACAUCGAUUGUGAUAUUAGUUGUUAGAUACAUUUUAGCCUCAUACAAGAGCGUUGCACGACAGUUUGCAGCUUUUACAAAUGAUAAUCCAAAAUUCACAAUAAAUAAAUUACUAAUAUGGAAGAAAGUCAA